GGUUACCUAGACGAACUCUCACGAAACUCUCGUCGAGAUUUCUUAGCGUCAGUGAAGCUCUCUUCUUUUGCAGCAUGGCUUUCUCUUUACGUCGGCUUGCCUCGAAUAUUGUGAGUAAACAGAGGCCAGUUUUACUAUGUCUGGCUAGAAGUUCUUCAGCCGGUGGCAAGCCUGUCGACCACCACAAAGGCAAAGUUGUUUCUGACGUCUCCAUGCCUGAUGCUCUUGGUCAUGCUGUUGGUGUAGAACGGUUUGAAUUGUUGGCAAAACUUGCAGGAAAUGAGGAUCCUUUUGAAAUGAAUGUAAAGAAAAGGGGAAAAGGCACUUCUGGUGAACCCAACCUUGUACCAUCACUAUUUGAUAUGCGGCUUGUUGGAUGUAUAUGUGAAGAGGAAUCAUUAGUUAUACAUUGGAUGCAUCUGUAUAAGGGAGAGCCGAAACGAUGUCAAUGCGGGUAUUGGUUUAAAUUAUCAGAAAUGAAGCCUAUUGAGUAUUGAUAAAUAUAUGCAGACAGUAGGAAACAUUACAGAGCUGACAUAGAACUAUAUUCAGUCAAUAUUAUUUUCCCUUUUUAACAGUUUCCAUUUUGUUAAUUUAAGCCAUUAAAUAAAAUAAAAUUAUAAAAAAAAA